CAAUAAUCAGUUUCAAAACAAACGUACAAGGAAUAACAGCACAGCAAAAGAGAAACGCGAUUGAUUCAAUCCAAACAUAUUCCAAUAAGAACAACGUAACGCGCUGUGACCGCAAAUACUUAUAAACAAACAUCGUUACAUUCCCAUUAGAUCAAUUAAAACCAAGCCAAAAAACAACAAAGACUACACUACUGUGACAAAAAGUGACAAUUAAUUAAUUAAGUGAAUAUUUUUUUUAAUAUUUUAAGUUAGCAAAUUAUUUCUGAGAGAUCUUCAAUAUGAGGUUAUGCAUAUUACUGGCUGUCGUGGCCUUCGUUGGCCUCUCGCUGGGCGAGGAGAAGAAGGAGAAGGACAAGGAGCUGGGCACAGUGAUCGGCAUUGAUUUGGGCACCACCUACUCCUGCGUUGGUGUUUACAAGAACGGACGCGUGGAGAUCAUCGCCAACGACCAGGGCAACCGCAUCACCCCCUCCUACGUGGCCUUCACCGCCGACGGUGAGCGUCUCAUCGGAGAUGCCGCCAAGAAUCAGCUGACCACCAAUCCCGAGAACACCGUCUUCGAUGCCAAGCGUCUGAUCGGUCGCGAGUGGUCGGACACCAAUGUGCAGCACGACAUCAAGUUCUUCCCCUUCAAGGUUGUCGAGAAGAACUCGAAGCCCCACAUUAGCGUGGACACGUCGCAGGGCGCCAAGGUCUUUGCCCCCGAGGAGAUCUCCGCCAUGGUUCUCGGCAAGAUGAAGGAGACCGCCGAGGCCUAUCUGGGCAAGAAGGUCACCCAUGCCGUCGUCACCGUGCCGGCCUACUUCAACGAUGCCCAGCGUCAGGCUACCAAGGAUGCCGGAGUGAUCGCCGGUCUGCAGGUGAUGCGCAUCAUCAACGAACCCACUGCCGCGGCCAUUGCCUACGGUCUGGACAAGAAGGAGGGCGAGAAGAACGUGCUGGUGUUCGAUCUGGGCGGCGGCACCUUCGAUGUCUCCCUGCUGACCAUCGAUAACGGCGUGUUCGAGGUGGUGGCCACCAACGGCGACACCCAUUUGGGCGGUGAGGACUUCGAUCAGCGUGUGAUGGACCACUUCAUCAAGCUGUACAAGAAGAAGAAGGGCAAGGAUAUCCGCAAGGACAACCGCGCUGUCCAGAAGCUGCGUCGCGAGGUCGAGAAGGCCAAGCGCGCUCUGUCCGGCUCCCACCAGGUGCGCAUCGAAAUCGAGUCGUUCUUCGAGGGCGACGACUUCUCCGAGACCCUGACCCGCGCCAAGUUCGAGGAGCUGAACCUGGACCUCUUCCGUUCCACCCUGAAGCCAGUGCAGAAGGUGCUCGAGGAUGCGGACAUGAACAAGAAGGACGUGCACGAGAUUGUGCUGGUUGGCGGCUCCACCCGCAUCCCCAAGGUGCAGCAGCUGGUCAAGGACUUCUUCGGCGGCAAGGAACCAUCGCGAGGCAUCAAUCCCGACGAGGCUGUCGCCUACGGUGCUGCCGUCCAGGCUGGCGUGCUCUCCGGCGAACAGGACACCGAUGCCAUUGUGCUGCUCGAUGUGAACCCACUGACCAUGGGCAUUGAGACCGUCGGCGGUGUGAUGACCAAGCUGAUUCCCCGCAACACCGUCAUCCCCACCAAGAAGUCGCAGGUGUUCUCCACCGCCUCCGAUAACCAGCACACCGUCACCAUUCAGGUGUACGAGGGCGAGCGUCCCAUGACCAAGGACAACCAUCUGCUCGGAAAGUUCGAUCUGACUGGCAUUCCCCCAGCUCCUCGUGGCAUUCCCCAGAUCGAGGUCUCGUUCGAGAUCGACGCCAACGGCAUCCUGCAGGUCAGCGCCGAGGACAAGGGCACCGGCAACAAGGAGAAGAUCGUGAUCACCAACGACCAGAACCGCCUGACGCCCGAGGACAUCGAUCGCAUGAUCCGCGACGCCGAGAAGUUCGCCGACGAGGACAAGAAGCUGAAGGAGCGCGUCGAGUCGCGCAACGAGCUGGAGUCGUAUGCCUACAGCCUGAAGAACCAGAUCGGCGACAAGGACAAGCUGGGCGCCAAGCUGAGCGACGAGGAGAAGACCAAGCUGGAGUCGGCCAUCGAUGAGUCGAUCAAGUGGCUGGAGCAGAAUCCCGAUGCCGAUCCCGAGGAGUACAAGAAGCAGAAGAAGGAUCUGGAGGCCAUCGUUCAGCCGGUGAUCGCCAAGCUGUACCAGGGUGCUGGCGGUGCUCCUCCCCCAGAGGGCGGCGACGAUGCCGAUCUCAAGGACGAGCUGUAAGAUGGCCCCAAAGCACAUACACACACAGCCCAGCCCACAUCCAUUCGAGAUCAUAGUGUUGGAAUUAAUUCAGACUGAUUAAACAAUUAUAACUUAAUUGCAAACGCAGUAGCCACAACAACAACAACAAGAAGAAGAACAGCAAAUAUAGCAGAGACCACAACAGCAACAGAUAAUACUACUUUAUAGCCCUCAGCAGCCAUCCCCCGCCCCCCAUGCCCGCCCACCAUCCAUUCGACCUUUAAGGCAAACUAUCCAAAACUAAAGAAAACAAAUCACAAUCCUUUUUUUACAUUUUUUUUUUUUUUUACACUUUAAUUUAAAGUAUUUUUUUGUCAACUAAAAAUAUGAGAAAUGUAAUAACGAUUUAUUCGAGUGUUCCUCGCAUUUCUCGCCUCCUUCCGCCCACUUCCCCCACGUUAGCUGCAUAAUUAUGUAAAACUGUAAAUUUUUUUAUAUAUAUACACAUAACUGUGACGACUGUAAGCCCCGAGAUCCCCGAGGAGUCGCAAUCCAGUAGGUUAGCCUGCGGAUGUGUAAAGCGGAAGCAACAAACAAACAAACAAACACAAAACACAGACAAAUGUUAUAUGUAUAAGCGCGUAAUAGCCGGAUUCCACUGGCACAUUUGCAUUGCUGCUCACUGCGGAAAAGGACUUUGAAUUUUCCGGAUAGCAAUGCGAAUGUGUCGGGGGAUUCUGGCCGCAUAGAAGAGAUGUAGAAGAGCACAGGGAGCUGCGGGUCGUGCGGAUAAUAGGUCGAUGAGAAUGCAAACGGCAAGAGAUAAACCACAAAAUCACAAGAAAACCACUAAAAGCAGCGGCCACUCCAUCAGCCAGGCUAAAUAAAAGGAUUCUUCGAUUUUACGAAGGAUUUUCUAAUUUAUUUAAAAAUAAAAUAAAAAAAAUUGAAAAAAGAAA